GUGGUUUUGUUAUUACCGGAAGUAAAGAUGGCGACGCAAACAUUGCUGUCAGAGUCGGUACUCGGCUGGUCAAUAUUCACAUUUAUACUUUUGGUGAUUCUCGCCUUCUGCUGGUUCUACAUCCGAAAAUAUCAAAGUCGGCAGGAGAGCGAAGCUGUCUCCACCAUAACAGCAAUAUGUGCAUUGGCAAUUGCUCUGAUAACAACUGCUCUCCUUCCAGUGGAUAUAUUCCUGGUCUCAUUCAUGAAGAACCCAAACGGUACCUACAAGGUUUGGGCUGAAAGCAACGAGACCAGAGGGCAAAUUGAAGACACAGUGUUGUACGGCUAUUACACCCUCUAUUCCAUCAUCCUCUUCUGUGUCUUCCUGUGGAUCCCUUUUGUCUAUUUCUACUAUGAAGAGAAGGACGAUCAGACCAAAUGCUCGCAAGUGGGGAACGCUCUGAAGUACACCGUUGGAUUUGUCAUUGUGUGUGUUGUGCUGCUGUUAAUUGGAGCCUUUGUUCCCCUGGACCCCCCUCCCAGUACCAACUCAACCCAGUGGGAAAAGGUGCAGUACCUGUUUGAGGAGCUGGGGAGCAGCCAUGGCCUGCCUGCAUUGUCUUUCUCCAUCAGUUCCUUGACCUUGAUCGGUAUGCUGGCGGUGAUCACUUACACGGCCUACGGUAUGUCGGUGCUGCCUCUGAAUCUGAUCAAGGGAACCAGGAGUGUGGCCUACGAACUCCUCGAGAACACAGACGAGAUCGAAGACGUCGAGCAGCAGAUUGAGAAACUCAAAGCCAAGUGUAAGGACGGACGGCCCCUCUCGUCCAGGGACAGACGGAGCCUGCAGACACUCGAGGGCAAACUGCAGGUUCUCCAGAGGCGGGGCCGCCAUCUGGAGAUAGCCGAGAGAAACUGCUGUACCAAAGUGGGGAGUGCGCUCAGACCUUUUAAGAUAAUGUUGGGUGUUUUCUUCAUCAUCGUCGCUCUGGUGUUCAUCGUCUCGUUGUUUAUUUCCAAUUUGGACAAAGCGCUGCACUCCGCUGGCAUCAGCUCUGGAUUCAUCAUCUUUGGCACCAAUCUCACCAAUCCCCUGAAUGAGCUGCUUCUGGUUCUCCAGCCCGUUUUCCCUCUGGACUACAUCCUGAUCACCGUCAUCACUGUCUACUUUGUGCUCACCUCGAUGGCGGGCAUCCGCAAUAUGGGCAUCUGGUUCUUCUGGAUACGGCUGUACAAGAUCCGGCCCAAGAAGACGCGUCCCCAGGCGCUGCUCUUCCUGUGCAUGAUCCUGCUGCUGAUCGUCCUCCACACCAGCUACGUGAUCUACAGCCUGGCGCCGCAGUACGUCAUGUACGGCAGUCAGAAGUACCUGGCCGAGAGCCAUACGCCCCAACAAGGAGAGACCACGGGGAACUUUACCACCAGGGUCUGUGAUGCUGACGCCCCCCAAGACCAGUGUGUGGUGACGCGCUCCUAUCUGUUCCUGCACAAGUUCUGGUUCUUCAGCACCAUCUACUACUUUGGAAACUGGGUAUUCAUCGGGGUGUUCCUCGUUGGCCUGGUGGUCUCCUGCUGCAGAGGGAAGAAGUCUGUGAUCGAGGGAGAGGUGGAGGCUGAUGACUCAGACAUGAGCGACGACGAAUACGUGCAUUAAAAUGACCCUUGUCUGUCUCUCGGCCUGUCUGCCUGCCUCCCUGUCUGUCGGUUUGUCUCUGUCUGUCUGUCUGUCUGUCUGUCUGUCUGUCUCCCUCUCUUUCUGUCUGUCUCUCUUUCUGUCUGUCUGUCUCUCUGUCUGUCUGUCUGUCUCUCUCUGUCUCCCUCUCUGUCUGUCUGUCUGCCUCUCUGUUUGUCUCUGUCUCUCUGUCAGCCUAUCUGUCCCUCUGUCCCCCUGCCGUCUUUCCGUCCGUCUGUCUGUCUGUCUGUCAUGUUCUGUUGUCCUGGAGCGGCGGGUAUUCCCGCCACGUCUCUCUACUCCGGGGCGUUCCGACCGGCUGUGGUCACACGCAGACCUCUGAAUACGCCGUUGAACUCGGGACUCAGAUCAGUCACUGUUUCUGUUGUUGUUCUUUAGACGCCAUCGCAGCAGCGUCUCGCCCACUUUAGCCCAGCGCUUUUAGGCGACAUGUCCCCUGGGAUCUUUAUGCAAGGACUCCCAUUGAUUGCCGCGUCUCCCCCGGCCCCGUAUUCUAGAUGGCUUUGGGAUACUGGGAGCUGACAGCCAUUGAAUAUAUGACUCCAUGUCACACGGAUCCAAACGCUGCGCAGCAGAGCCAGAGCUGUUACUGCGGCUGCUGAGUCACUGGUGAAAGACGAGUCACUGGCCAAAAGAGUGUGAUCAUAUAUAACUUAUGAUUAUGGUACAUUCUUUAUUAUUGUGCAAUACUGCUAUUCCAUUAUUUAAAAGAAAUUCCCACACACAUUUUUGAUAAUACAGCUUUUUUGUUUUCGAUUCGGUACGAUGCUGGGGAUAAAGAUACCAGGAUUGCAAACACGGCAGUAUGAUUAGUUUAAUUUAAAUUUGACACACUGAGCAAUGAUACACUGGACUCUAAAGGUUGCACACAGUUGGACAAGGGGACUGCUUAUAUUAAACUAGGAGGUAUGCUAGUUUUCAAAAUGAUUUUUUUUUUUGUGUAAAUAGCCUCUUUAAAUGGUUGAAAUGGUCUUCUGGACAGUAUAUACGUGUGUGAGCACAUUUGGGAGAAUAAUUUAGAAUGAAAACAGUUGACACUGUUCAAUUGUGUAUUUAUGAAAAAGAUAUUGUAUGAAAUAUGCUAAUCAGUAAUGCACAUCCGACUGGAUAAGCAUAUAUCCAAGGUUGCUAUUUCUGUCAUUUAAUAACGGUGAGAGUUGAAGAUUCAUUUUUUCACACCUUUCUCUGGUAAGCAAUAUUCAUUUUUAAUAUGAUUUCCUCAGACUAAACCCUUUCUUGUUCAUGAUUGAUCUCAUGUAGGAUUUUGGUUCUUUGUUUAAUAUGAAAGAAUGUGUUAUUUUAAUGGAGAGUAACCUUUACAUUGAUUUGUAUUCUAUUUUAUUGAUGUUCUAGCAGUUUCAGGGUGUUUUUUAUCAACCAUGUUGAGCAUAAGAUGGCAUUACUCCAGAGUGAAACAUGUGGAAGUUAUAAUAUAUUUAAAUUUAUCCUCAUUUGGAAUUGUAAAAUGUCCGCCCCAAUAAAAAGAAAAGUUACUACCAACUUUA